CAAAUAGACGACGGUGAAUGUAAUGAUACAUGCGCAUUAGGGAAGAAACACGCCAUCGGCUACGUUAUAUUGCUAUAUUAUAUGAACAACCGGACCUUGCCACGCUCUAUUGGUUCUGCGUUUUGCUGUGUCACCGUUGGGGUUCAGAGUUACCUGGUUGAUUUAUCGCCAGAGGUCAAAAUGUUAUAUACUCUCAAUGAUGAAUACGUCUAUGCCGUGAGAAGGUGUUUGUUACUGAUGUCGGUAUUGACCCAGCACGCUAGGACGACUACAGUUGUCGGUGGACAUGGCUUCAUGUCAAGGCUUAUAACCUGGAGAUAGUUGCCACAGCAUUAACGACAGCGUCAUACCAGAUGAUGAUCAUCAGUGGCGCCAGACUGUCGGAGGUGCCCUCCCGCAUCCUGUCGAUAUUACAGCCCCAUUUGAGCACAGUUGCAGCCAGAAACGUCGCACCUGUCUUCAGGGAACCCUUCAUCCUCACCGGAUAUCGUCUGCAGGACCAGCCCUGGUGCUACUAUUGGAAGACACUGUUCCACGUCCACAACGAGAGCGUCAACGUCUGGUCUCAUGUGCUAGCCACCCUGCUCAUCCUCAGACACGUCUGGUCUUUCUCACAGACGUUUGACUUCAUUGAGGACAAGUACGGCUGGUCAUUGAUCGGGUUCAGUUUGGGAUGUUUCCUCGGGACGUUAUUGAGCGCCAUUGCCCACCAGUUCCAUUCUAAAUCUGUGUGGUGGCAUUAUGUUCUGUUCAUGAUGGACUAUGGUGGUGUCACUCUUUACACCUUCGGGACUGGAAUAGGGUGUAUGUACAUCUGUUCUCAGAGAUACAUGUACGUAGUCAUGGAACCGGUUUUCCUACCUCUCAACGUCUUCUUCAGCUGGUUUACAUUCUACGUCUGCUGCCGUGCCAAACUCAAAUUCGCAUCCACAAAUAACAGCACCCGUUAUGUCUUCAUGAUCGCAGCUCUGCUACUCUACGCACUGGUUAUUUCAAUCCCGAUAUUUGCCCGCUACACAGAGUGCAUGACGACGCCAGGAUGUUCCCUCGCCUCGCUGAACCAUCUGACCAUGUGUUUCCUUCUGCUAGCGAUAUGUGCCAUUCUGUUCUCCUGCCACGCCCCAGAGCGCCUGGCCCCGGGGCGGUUUGACCUUCUGGGUCACGGGCACUCCUUGUUCCACCUGCUGUGCCUGGUGACCAUCAGUAUGCAGAUGAAGGGCGUCCGUGUGGACAUCCAGGCAGGAGCUGCAGCUCACACCAACCCCAACCUCGGGAACAUCCUCGCGGCGUACGCCGUCCUCAUCUCGGCCCAGGUCCUUACCCUGGUCACUCUUAGGAGGGACAUUGCAGCCAGGGCCAAGAUGGAGACUCUACACUGGAUUGAUAUACGACCAAAAAGCAAAUGAUACAUUUGUUAACCCUUAUUUAUUUUAUAUUUAUAAUAAAUACAUAGAUCAGAA